CUAAGACCUAGUAUUAUUUUCUUAAAAGAAGAAAUUUCUGGAAUUUUGAUUUCGGUUGAUAGAAUUCAUUGACUGAAAAGCCACUCCGCAGAUCCUCCCAGAGAAGCCGGGACUUAGUGUAGAACCGUGUGCAACAGCCCGCUCUAGUGGGGUCUUGUGUUUUUGUCAUUAGACCAAAACCGCGGAUGGAAAGGAACUCUCCGGGUGGUACAGGUCCCGUGCACGUGCCACUGGGGCAUAUUGUGGCUAAUGAGAAAUGGCGCGGGUCCCAACUGGCUCAGGAACUGCAAGGAAAAGUUAAACUCAUGUUUGAGGAGGGUCUGCCAUGGGCAGAUUUUUACCUGUCCAGCAGAUCUUGCAUUCUCUAUGUCACUGAAGCGGAUUUGGUGGCUGGACAUGGCUACAGAAAGAGACUUGUUCGUGUUAGAAAUUCUGGACAUCUUCAAGGGAUCGUAAUAGUUGAAAAAACACAGAUAAGUGAACAGUACUUCUCAGCAGUCCAGAAGUUUACAGUGCUCGACCUUGGGAUGGUGUUGCUCCCAGUGGCCAACCAGUUGGAAGCAUCCUGCCUCAUUACCCAGUUGGUUCAGGAGCAAACCAGGGAGCCCAGCAGGAACCCUUUCCUCAGGAGGAAGCGAUGUGUGCUCUCUGAGCUGUCCCUUGUUCAGACGGUGCAGCAGAUCCCAGGGGUGGGAAAAGUUAAGGCUCCUCUUCUGCUCCAGAAGUUUCCGACCAUCCAGCAACUGAGUAAUGCUUCCAUCCAAGAGCUCCAGGAGGUUGUCGGACAGGCGGUAGCACAGCAAAUCCACACCUUCUUCACCCAGCCGCGGUGAUAGCAGCCCCGCAGCUAACCUUUCCUCCUUUAGAAACUACAGCGUCUGGUUUCGUAUUUAAAAAGGAAGAAAAAUGUCCUCCUCUCAGGGGCAACAAGCGAAAGACAAAGCGAGGACCGAUGGCCUGCCUUGUUGUCUGUCCAGGAGCAACCUUAUGGGCCUCGGGGGCCAUGGGUGGCACUACCCGCUCUCUGCUAAGAUGAAAAGGAUCCCUAGGGGAUAUCCAGAGAGAGCCAGAGAGUCACUGCAGCAGCAGCAGCCAGCUCGAGCAGGUUUCUGUGGGCACCUUCCCUUGCAGCUGCCAUUGAGAGGUCCUGUGAGGUUCCAGGCGCUGGCUGUGAGGACCGGGCACUGUGUAGGGAGUGCCCGGGGUCCCAUGUCAGGGUCACAGCUCAGGUCUUCUCCGCACAGGGCAGGUACACGUGUUCUGGAGUCCCUGCCAAUGUAAACAAAUGCCUCUCUUCCUUCAUUCCUGCUUCCUCCCCUCUCAACACAAUAAAAACACUGUGUGCCUUAGACGAAUAACAGUUCAGAAGAAAUAAUCCAAACGAAAUAAAAGCAAAGAAAAAUACUAACUCAAA